AUGGCAGACCGCGGGCGGAAGGAGGAGCUGGAGGCGAUCUCUGAGCAGCUGAAGACGUUCUGCAAGGAGCUCGCGAAGCUCGUGGCCGCGACGGCGCCCCUGGACCCGAACCCCGAGCGGCCUGAGCUCCUUCUCGACGCCGACACUGCCGCGACGACGCGGCUCGUGCACUCCAAGCGCGUCACGCGCGCGGCGGAGCGCGCUGUCCAGGGCGUGCGUGCGCUGAGGCUCCAGACCGCGCUCUCCGAGCCCAUCGACGACGAGAACCCGGUCGAUGCCAUCCAAGACAAGCGAGCGGAGCUCAAAGGGGAGCUCGUCGACCUCUCCAGCGAGCUCACCGGCUUGGAGGAGCAGAUCAACGCACACGUCGAGCGCGCGGGCGAACUGCACGCCGCCGGCAAGCUGAGCGUCGAGCAGCUCGCGGACGUCUACGCGGCCGCGGCUGGCGCGACGGGGGCGGCGACCGCGGCCGAGCUCGGCGCCGGCAUGGACGGCGACGACCCCAUGGAGGCUGACGGCGACGACGAGGACGGCGAGGACGGCGAGGACGGCGAUGGCGAAGCCGAGGGGAACCUCGCGUGGUCGUGA